GAGGGAGGACAAAGUCAAGACGAUGCUGGGACUGUCGUUAUUGCUGGGCUGCAGCACCGGUUGGCUCCUGUACUAUUGGGCGCGCGUCCCCAAGCGCCCGCUACUGGUGGCUUGUCAGCCUUUCCAGUCCUUCUUGGAGAAAUAUUGCCCCAUUGUGAAAGAGACAUUCUACCCUACACCAUGGUGCUUUGAGGGUCGACUUCAGACCAUUGUUCGCGUCUUUAUCAAAUCCUGCCCAUUGGUUUCCUACCACAGUGAAUUGCUGCAAACUGCAGAUGGAGGGCAGUUGCUCCUGGAUUGGGCUGAUCCUGACCAUGGGACCCAUCCUGACCCAGAAAAUUGUCCCAUUGUCCUGUUUUUGCCAGGCUUGACAGGCAACAGCCGAGAGACUUAUAUUCUGCAUUUGGUAAACAGCACUCAGAGCCAUGGCUACAGGGCUGUUGUGUUUAAUAAUCGAGGGUGCAGAGGAGAAGAACUGCUGACGCACCGGGCUUUCUGUGCCACCAAUACUGAGGACUUGGAGCUGGUGGUGGGCCACAUCAAACGCCGGUUCCCUCAUGCACCAUUGAUGGCAGUUGGCAUUUCUCUUGGCGGGAUCCUGGUUCUCAACUAUCUGGGGCAAAAGGGCCAGGAAGCUGGACUGGUGGCUGCCAUGACUUGCUCAGUGAGCUGGGAUGCAUUUGAGACAAUCCAUUCCCUUGAGCAGCCUCUCAACCAAUUCCUCUUCAACCAGUACCUCACAGCCAACCUGUGCAACCUGAUCAAACGGCAUAGAAAGGUCAUUGAAGAGAGAUUGGAUGUGAACCAUGUGCUGAAGGCUCGCAGCAUCCGGGAGUUUGAUGAGCGCUAUACAUCUGUGGUCUUUGGUUUCAAGUCAUGCCAGGAAUAUUACCAGGAAGCCAGUCCUUCCCAGAAGGUGUGUCGCAUAGAAGUGCCAGUGUUGUGUCUGAAUGCUUCAGAUGACCCUUUCUCUCCUCAGCAUGCUAUUCCCACAGAGACCGCACAGCAUGUGUCCACCCUCGCCCUCUUAGUGACUGAACGAGGUGGCCAUAUUGGCUUCCUAGAAGGGCUCUUACCUCGCCAUCAGAGUUACAUGGACCGUGUCUUUAGUCAGUUUAUGGAUGCUGUUUUCAAACAUCAGGAGGAGCUGGCAGCUAUAACAGUAACCAUGGGAAGCCAACAGCUUGGACAGAACUUAUAUACAAAGAUGACCAGCACAUGAUCAAGAGCCAAGACGUCCACCAUACAAGACGGUGAAAUAUGAUCUCACUUAGAGAGAUGGAACCCCUCACAGGCAAAACUAAUCAUGCGCAACAUCCUUUCAGUCCUCCUAGGGUAUCCAUUUCCUUUCCCAAAGGACUCCUAGCCAGAAUCUGCUGCUAUGAAUGGCAACCACAGAUGAAGAUGCUGUAAUGAUGAUCAGCAGAAUACAGGAUUGUUUUUCUAGCA